GACCAAAGAUUCAAUACUGGAGUCAAACACUGCAAUCUAACCAUGCAGCCUUUGGGUAAGGCAGAUCUAGGUGUGUCAACGUUCUACGCUGCAGCCCACGCACACGAUCAGUGUGGUACAGAUGGUCUGCCACUCACACCAAACUCCAUCAAAAUCCUGGGACGUCUGCAGAAACUGAAGUUGUCCUCGCACCCAAGACUUUGUCAGUAUGUGGACAUUGUUAGAGGCAAACAUGGUGAGGAAAAAAAAAUACAUACGGAUAACAAUUUGCGUUUGGAGGCCAAGAAAGGAACAUUUUCAAACUCAGACAAAGUGCUUCAGCUUAUCCAUGAGGUUUUAGAAGGCCUGACCUUCAUGAAUCAACAUGGGUUGGUGCAUCGAGCCUUAUCACCUACAAAUGUACUGCUUGAUGGAGAGGGUCAUGCUAAGCUUGCUAAUCACGGGUUGUAUCACAUAACAGAGCAUGGAGCUUGUGUCUCUUUUCCUGUUGGCCAUCCUCGUUACAUGUCCCCAGAAGUUCUAGCGCAAGGUCCUAUCCAGGGUAGGGAGUCCACGGAGAAGAUAACUCCCUCGGGCCCUAAGGUUGACGUCUGGUCACUGGGGAUCAUCAUCAUGGAGAUCUGCCUUGGGAUGGAGCUGUGGGUUUCCUGUACAUUACCUCAACUCAUCUCUAAGGUGAUGUUACUUGGGAAGCACGGCAAUGGUGGACACCCCUUGGAAACCAUCCUAAAAGAACACGGCUUACAAAAUAAAUAUCAGGAAUUGUCAGACUCCUUAAAGAGCUUCUUAAGACAGUGCUUAACCAUAUCUCAAGAUAAACGGCCAAGUCCAGCUGAUAUACUUGCUAGUGAUCUGUUCAAAAAUUAUGAAUCCUGUAAACUACUACCUAAGAACAAUAUGACAAUGUUCCAGUACCCUGGUCUGAGAUGUGAGGAUUUAAACCUUGAUGAAUACAUUGAGAGCGUCAGACUAGAAUCCAGCGAUGACCAUCUUGAGUUGCGAUCCAUAGCGGAGGUUUACUACCUUUGGGGUCUGGCAGGGGGAGAUCUUGAAGCUGAACUCCGAAAGAAAGGUCUCUUAAGAAGUAGUCCACCGAUCUGUAACUUAGCUGAUCUGGUGACGCAGUAUGGAGACGUUGUGGGCCUAGAGCGAGACAGUAGCUCCCUCUAUGAUGACACUGUGGUCACGCUGUCAAUGACGCAGCUUAAGACGCGGAUGGAGAACAUCGACGACACAGCCUUCUACCCUCUUCUUGAAGAUGAGAAGAAUAAGGUGAAUCUACCCACUUCUCCAAGUAGCAACGAUCUAUCGGAGACGGCCACCUUGCCACUCAUUAUCAGAGAGAAGGACAUUGAAUACCAGUUUCAUCGUGUGGUGUUAUUUGACAGAAUACUACGAGGCUAUCCAUACACCAUUGGACGUGUCUUCAGGGAGGCUAGGAUUGAUACGCCACCAUUGUACAGGCCAGAGAUAUGGGCAGCACUGCUCACUGUUGAGGGUGACUUCAAGGCCGUGUACGACGGCAUAGACAAAGAGACACCCACAACGACGGACAGACAGAUCGAGGUGGACAUCCCAAGGUGCCAUCAGUACAGUGAACUUCUCUCCUCCCCUGAGGCGCAUAAUAAAUUCAAGCGCAUUCUCAAGGCAUGGGUUGUAUCUCAUCCUCAUCUGACUUACUGGCAAGGUUUGGACUCGCUGUGUGCCCCAUUUCUUUAUCUCAAUUUCAACAAUGAAGCCCUAGCCUACUCUUGUCUGUCAGCUUUCAUUCCAAAGUAUCUUUACAAAUUCUUCUUGAAGGACAACUCAGCCAUCAUACAAGAGUAUCUUGCAGUAUUUUCCCAUCUGAUAGCAUUUCAUGAUCCUGAGUUGAGUAAUCACAUGAAUAGCAUUGGGUUCAUUCCAGAGCUCUAUGCUAUACCAUGGUUCCUCACAAUGUUCUCACAUGUCUUUCCGCUGCACAAGAUCUUUCAUCUAUGGGAUACGCUGUUGCUAGGCAACUCCUCCUUCCCAAUAUGCAUCGGGGUUGCAAUCUUACAGCAGCUGAGGUUCGGUUUGUUGAACUUUGGUUUCAAUGAAUGCAUCUUGCUGUUCUCUGAUAUGCCUGAAAUCGACAUAGAGAAGUGUGUGCGAGAGUCUAUCCGCAUCUUCUGCAACACACCAAAGAGUGCAACGUACAGGCAGCACGCUAGACCACCCCGUAGGCCAGACCAAGGGAACACAGCUGCAUCUCAGGUCAAGCCUGUGUCAUAUUACAGUACUGACUACCAUGACGUCCCAUUAUCAGAGCUGUCUAGAGAGCCACUGAGUCUGGAGGAACUCAAGUCCGAAGUGAGUCCAAGAAUCUCGGCAGAAGAUCUCCUGGAACUUUGUGACUUGAAGCCUGGAGCAGUUCCUGGUUCUCGCUCUCCAACCAAGAAGACAAAAAGCAGCCGUCCAGUCAUAAUGUGUGUUGAUGUACGAAGCUCCGAAGAGUUUGUGCGUGGCAACAUUCCAGGCAGUCUGAAUAUUCCCUUCAACCAGGCAUUCUCCCCUGAGGGAGACUUGGUACCUUGCAAGGCAGUCACUCUAAUCUUCAACCACAAGGGAAGGGUUGUGGUCGUUGUUGGCAACAGAGGGAAAAAUGCUGCUAAUUUUGCCACCCAGCUGGUUCGUCUAGGAUUCCCUAAGGUGUGUGUGAUGCAUGGUGGGAUUGAAUGUAUACGGCCUACGGGUAUCCUUGCCAUCUCGUCACCAGAGCUUGUAUGAUUCGUCAUUGACACUGAAGCUUUAAGUCUACAUUUCAUUUCAUCUAUUCCGAUUGUGAAGCCAAGGACUCUCAGAAAAGUGAACUUAAUUACUGUACAGCAAAGAACGAGAGAAGACAAUGAAAGAAGUUUCAGUUUUAGGUUUGGGAGGAAAACCCCAAAUCACUGUGCUAAUCAAAAAACUUAUGGAGAGAAGUCCAGGAGGGAGUUUCUGUUCAAGGUUUGGGAGGAAAACCCCAAAGAUUUAGCCAAGAAAAAACCCACGCAGUCAGUAGGGACUGAAAACCCUAUCCACUAAGUGCCCCUGGCGUGAUUGGAAUCAGGGUCCUAGAGGUGGAAGACGAGGAGAGAUGACACUACACCAACGCAACCACCAUACAUGAUUCAUCAGCUUAAACAAAGAUCUUUGCCAAUUAAUGUUACAUAAAAAUUGGGUACAUUGGAUUAGCUUCCCUUGAUCAACCCAUGUCUGACCCAGUACAAUCAAGUAUCUUUGACAGCAUGGAAGUGGCUCUCCCUGAUCACACUGUAAAUAACACUGUGUGGAUGUGUGUAAGACCACCUAGUGUUUCAAGUCACUACAUAAUAUGUGACCCUAUCUGUGAAAAUGAGUCACAUGUCCCCCAAUGCAAUACUAAGUUAUGGACAGUUUAAUGUGGAAAAUGUAUAUUA